AUGCCGACCAAAGAACCCCGCCCUCUAAUCGUCGGUUCGGAAAGCGGUCCCGAAUCUCCUUAUCCUUUACGAAUGGAAGGUGAAGUAGUUUCUGGAUUUGGUCGCGGAUCUAAAGAACUCGGAAUCCCCACCGCAAACAUCCCCGUAACAAACGUCCCCUGGAUCGACACCGCCCCCUCAGGCGUCUACUUCGGCUACGCCGCUCUCGACCUCCCUCCUCUCACCCCGAACUCCAAACUUCCCCCUCCACCACCUCUCCCACCUCCCAAACCACCCGCCUCUACCCCAUGGUAA